AGGCGUGCCCUGAUGGGACAAGCUGUAGAUUUGUCUCGUAUGUUAGGAGGCUGCGGGGGAAUGAAGCCUUUUGUUGGCUGUCUACGCCUGCACCGGCUCAUCCAGUGGUUAUUGGAGCCGCGCGGUGACAUCUGUAUGAGCUGGGAUAUAUGGAUCUCGUAUGGAGGAGCUGCCGCCCUCUCAUCGCUUCUUAUAGGAACCUCUCAUAACCAGUAUGUCUUCUACAAGGUGAGAGAAGUCUCGCUGACCCACAUCAUGGACUAAGCCCUCCUGCCCCACAGCCUGCCAGCUGACUACACGCAUAUUGCCAGUCUUGGAUAAAGCGUGCAGAAGUGAUGGAGAACUCCUCCGUGGCCUCGGCCUCCUCAGAAGCUGGCAGCAGUCGUUCCCAAGAGAUUGAAGAAUUGGAGAGGUUCAUCGAUAGCUACGUUCUGGAGUAUCAGGUUCAGGGACUGCUGACCGACAAGACCGAAGGUGAUGGAGAAAGUGACAACCCCCCCUCUAAUAUUUCCCAGUGGACAGUGGAAUGUAAUGAACAAUUGGAUGUAAAUCGGACUUCGCCAAAAAAGAAAUCGCCUUCCAACAACCACAACCAGAACGGUAACAAGGAUGGCGCUCUUGACAUGCUUGGGACAGAAAUUUGGGCAGCCAGCACAUUUGAUUCCAUAAGUGGAGCAACGUGGGACUUGCAGCCAGAGAAAUUGGACUUUAGCCAGUUUCACCGGAAGCUCCGCAACCCCCCAAAGCACCCGCUCCCUCAGAUAGACAGAGAAGGGUUUGGUAAAGGAAAAUGUGAAGAUGGAGGAGAUGAGAUCAACCUGAAUGACAUAGAGAAAGUACUUCCUACCUGGCAGGGAUAUCACCCGCUGCCCCAUGAAGCAGAGAUAGCACACACCAAAAAAAUAUUCCGAAGGAAAAGAAACGAUCGGAGGAAACAGAAAAUGCAAGGAGGGAAUAAACCACAGCAACAAACACAACAACACAACGAGCACCAACAGGUUCCUGCCAAACACAACACCAGGGAGCACCAGAAACAGUACCAAGGAUGCCAAACACCGCAUUCCUCAGGCAAGCCGGGUCACCAUGGCUAUAGCCAAAACCGCCGAUGGCACCACAACCAGAAGCACUCGCCAAGUGACAAAGACCCACAAAGACAUGCCAAAGACACAGAGAGCCUGACUAUUGAGGAUGCUUCAGUUUGCACAGUCCAUGUCCCCCUAGAAAUUCACCGUAGCACAGAGACUACCGAAAGACAAUACCACCAGACCAGCAGCAACGAAUCGGAAGCUAAACGUAAAGACAGUGUUCAGAGCAGAGAUCUGGAUAGGCCGAAAGUAAACCUGCUCCAAUCCUCCAAAGACCGACUGCGAAGACGUCUCAAAGAGAAGGAAGAAUACGCUGUGGAGUCCACCAAUCCUCAAAGGACCAAAAUGGACAAACUUAUAGAAAUAUUAAACAGUAUGCGAAACAACAGCAGCGACGUGGACUACAAGCUCACCACCUUCAUGGAGGAAGCCCAGAACUCUGCCAACUCUGAGGAGAUGUUAGGGGAGAUUGUAAAGACUAUUUACCAGAAAGCAGUGACGGACAGAAGCUUUGCGCACACCGCCGCUAAACUCUGUGACAAAAUGGCUCUGUUCAUGGUGGAAGGAACCAAAUUCCGGAGUCUCUUGCUGAAUAUGCUGCAGAAAGAUUUCUCUGUACGAGAAGAUCUUCACAAGUCUGACGUGGAAUGCUGGUUGGGUUUCAUCACCUUCCUCUGUGAAGUAUUCGGCACCAUGAGAAGUAACACUGGGGAGCCUUUCCGAGUCCUUGUGUGUCCUAUCUAUACCUGCCUUAGGGAGCUGUUACAGUCAAAUGACGUGAAGGAGGACGCGGUUCUGUGUUGUUCCAUGGAGCUGCACAGCACUGGACGUCUGCUUGAAGAACAGCUGCCUGAGAUGAUGACUGAGCUGCUGGCCACUGCACGGGACAAGAUGCUGUGUCCCACCGAGUCCAUGUUGACCAGGUCUCUGUUGCUAGAGGUCAUUGAGCUGCAUGCCAACAGCUGGAACCCCCUGACCCCAAGCAUCACCCAGUACUACAACAAGACUAUCCAGAAACUUACAGGUUGACAUGUGACGAAGAUGGGGGCAAUAGCCAACAGGACACAAUCCCUAGGGUAGGGGGAAGUCUUGCCUCACUGACGGAAAUCCCAGGAUGUACUAACUGGACUCUCCAUCCUUUCUGUGAAGAAAAUGAAGGAACAACACGUGUUAAUAAAUCAAACAGCAUGCUUAAGAACUCAUUCAGCAAAGGGGGGGAGCUGCCUUCUUUUCCAGUCCAGUACCCUGCUCUAGAACGACACCUCCAUCUCCUCUGUCGUCACAUUAGCAUAUUGUAUGAGCCGCAACGCACGCACUAAGACAUUGUCACUGUGGGUGCAGUAGAGAUGUGUAUUGUAGAAGGCUGACUGGCUGCUAUUGUUUACACCAUAUAUUGAGGGCUUUUACGGGCCAACUGGCAGGAGGUGGGUCUGGGCAGAUGUCUCAGGAGAACAAAGAGGGCACGGUCAGAGCCGACAUUGAUUAUUGACCUCCUCUUUGUCACCGCAUGGUGCUUGGGGGGGUCGUGAAUCACUGUUCGAUUAUGUAUUAGAACAUGCACGGGAUGAGUUGUUUUUUUUUGCACUCUAUAGUUUUCUUUGGAAUAAUGUAAGGCUUUCACCAGCUAAAUGUUGAGGUAGGGGGAAAAAAAGAGAGAAAACCAUCACUUACUUUUUAUUUUUUAACAAUGUGGUGUUUGAGCAUCCAGUACAAUGAUAAUGCAAGAAUUUAUUGACUGGGAGAGAUACUAACCAAGCCAGGGAUUCUGGAGUUUAACUUUUACCUGGGAGGGGAAUGGAGUCCCUAUCAAAUUGCAGUGCAAUAUGUAGUAAAUAUUUGUUUCCUCGCAACUAAAGUCAUGAAAUGGUUAACAGCAGGUUCUGUUGUGAUCUGUCAUGAGCAUUAUUCAUUCAUGUAUUCAUCGUGAUCAGCCGAAGACACGUUGGAAGACCAUGUAAAAGAUUGUCCUGCAUCCAUGUUUAAAUAGCCCCCCUUACCCAGUACGGUGCAUUUAUUUAUGCUUUUGAGUCUCCCCUGUGCUUUUUAGCCAUGGUUUGCUCUUCUGUAGGAGGUAUCACACAGGCAGCAGUAGCACCUUUCCAAUAAGUUCUAGAGGAUGACUUUUGAAUGCAUAAUCUUGGUUAAAGAACCUGAAACGCGUGGGAGAUUUUGCUACCUAUAAAUCAGUUGGCUGUGCCUCAUUCAUACUGGGUACAUGUAGCUAUGACAAAAAAACUCACCUAAAGUCAUCACGUACCCUGACAUUCUGAAGAUGCCCAUGUGACCCAUCACAUGGAUAUAUUACCCACAUGGAGUGUAGCUGUCUUCAUAUGUGCUUCAUGAAGUCCUCUGAAGGAACACCGCCCCUUUAAACAGACACAGAAGCAUUUAUUUUUAUUUAUUUAUUUAGAUCUUAUUUUAACUAUUAAGCCUGUGUUUAUUUUCCCCAUAUGUACUUUUAUGUGCUAUGACAUUUCUUUGACUCUAGGGGCGCUGUUCUAUAACUCACACCAGUAUAUGUUCUGCAGUAAUCGCUCCUGGGAUCCGGAGAAGUUCUCUCCAAUCCCUGGGUUUUUCCAAGCAUUUUCACCGCUUGUUGCGUGAUAAACAUUGGCCAUGUGGAGGCUUUUUAUUCAUAUUUAUGUGACUCUUCGUUAUUUAAGAUGAAUACCUUAGAAAUCACUUGGAUUUAUAGGAAUAUUUAAAAUUAUAUCUCCUCCCACUCCUGUGUGACAUCACAAAAGUGUGUGGUCCUCCUACUUCUGCGAUGUCACAGUUGUGGAGGCAUUCUUAUGGCCAUGUGCCGGAGUGAAGAACGGUUUGUGGAACCUAAAACCACGUCAUAGAAUGGCUCCUUGGCUGAUAUUGAAGUGAAUGCAGUGCUGGUGCCAUGCCAGGAGGAGCAGCAACAAAAGGCAUUUUAUACUUAACCAAUGAUCGAAACGGGUCACUAGUCAGAGAGCACUCGAUCACUAGCUUUCUGGGUGGCCGGGUGGGCUGAUUUUUGUGUCUUGUCUAUGGCUUAUAAAUAGACUGUGGUGUCUAGGAAUGAUUUCAGUGUACAGGAACACAAUUCAGCAAGAUAUACUAUGUAGCAUACCAUAGUUUUGUUAGCAGUGCAAGCUAUAGGCAUAACUAUAAGGGGGCGCACACACUUUUCGAUAUUUACAUGUAAAUUGUAUUCUGCGUAUGGUCCCAAUGGGCAAUGAUGAUCCAAAAAAAAAAAAGUAUAAUUAUAGUAUAUAAUGGAUAGUUGAGCAACAUUGUACCAUGUUCGGACUGUUUUGAAAGUAAUCUACAGUCUUUGAGGAUUGGAUUAAAAAAAUUUAGUUCAAGGAGGCAAAUUUGAGUUUGUUUUACAUCUAUGGCCAAACUAGUCAUGAUCUCUGUGAUAUUUGCCAGUACUAAAGGUUAGGAUCUGCCCAUUGCAUGGCUAGUUUUUGAGAAAGACAACCACAUUGUGAGGCUCUUAAUAAUAUUACUGGCUGCUCAACCCUAUGGCUAUCAACCACCUAGAGGAGCAGCUACACUGUACAUACGUCUUGGUCCUCGUGAUGUUUCCAUUUGGUUGUAGAGAUGUACAAUGUAAAUGGGCUUGUAAAUAUUGUCAUCUUAUGACUGGAAGAAUAUAUACUGUACAAAUUAUCUUAAGCCUUAAAGGACAGUCCAUCUGAGAAGUAUUUUAUAUGGAUUCAAUCUGUGUGUAUCUAAGAACCUUUUUUUUUUUUCAACACGUGAGACCAUCAGGCUUUUUAGCAAGAUUUCUAGAUUAAACAUCUUCUAGCCUGGACGGUAGAUUUUCAUAUUUUCUUCUUUCUACAUAAGGGAAAGAAGCAGACAACUUAUCUGGGCCCCCCACAAGAUAGUUGUCAACCAUCUGUUGUGGCCAACAUCGGUUGGCAGUAUUUUUGGGCGAUCAUACUAGAAGCAUAUAUGCCCAUGUCUCAAAAUUUAAGAUCAUUGUGCUUUUUAGAAAAACCUGGUCUGGUUGAUUUCCCUUCCCUUUUCUUUGUGGGAGAAAGAGAAAUGACAACCUACAGUAUGUGGUCUUCCAAAAUGGUUGUCACCAGUCAGCAAACUUUUGGGAUAUAGUCUUUAAGGUGCCCAUAAACCUUCAAUCAACGAAACGUUUUGUUUGAUCAACAGCUUUCUCUCCUAUUCACUUCAUACACCGAAGAAUUUGGCUCAGCCAAACAUUCAUGUGUUGUAAAUAAGGAGAUGGAAGCUAGUGACAGCUUAUCACACAAAAAAAAAAAGUCCAGGAAAUCAAAAUCCUGCAAGCCCAAUCCUUCUCUCCUCGUAUAAAGUCACAGUCCCACCAAAAUCAUCAGAGUUGGCCAAUAUUUCAUUAAAGUGAGUGGGUACCUUAAACUAUUACAGUCAUUACAAAAAUCCUUUUGACAUGCCAUUCAUAUAUGUCAAAAAUGCUGGUUGUGUAUGGGUCCCAAUCCUAUGUCCCCCCCCCCCACUGAUCACUAGAUACAAUCGUCUCGAUGGUCAUUACAUGAGACAAGCUCCAUUAUAGUCUAUAGAGCUUGUCAUUUGCAACAUGUCAGUUUGAGGGCCGGGAUGAGAAGCGUCAUCUAGCCAUCUGAGGGUUUCUCAGCACGGAGACUGGGACCGACCAACUUUUUUGACAUGUCUGUGUGACAUGUCAAAAGAUUUUAAUAAUUACAGUAAUGCUUUAAAGGGGAGUACUCCACUGGAAAAAAAAAAUUUUUAAAUCAACCGAUGACAGAAAGCUUAACAGAUUUGUAAAUUACU